GCCAUUUGGUAGAGGAGGUUUCACGACCCAAUACCCCCUUCCAAUCGUCUGCUACCCUCCACGCGGAACGAGACGGGCGAGACGAGGAGCCCGCCGCCUCCUUGAUACGCGCCGCCGGAUCUUCGACGUCCCGCCGCCGCCUUGACGCCGGCCUCCUCCUCUGGCAGCCUGGCGUUGUCCCCAAGAAAAGAAGGAGGUAAUUGCAAAUUCUGAACCGCCAGAUCACGAAGGAGAGCAAGCCUUGCUUGAUUUCCACCCUUCUGCAAUUGAUUGGUCUUUCUAGUCGGCUGAGUCUUGCCUGAUAUUCUCAUGGACUCGUUUCUGCUGAGAUUCUUGCUGGCGGACGAGCAGGUUCUUACUAUGCUUGAUGGGGUUCGUUUAUUGAACACAAAUAACGAUGGGAUUCUUCUAGUGACAAAUUUCCAGUUUCUCUUUGUGAGUAAAGGAGAAAAAAAAAAGUUGGGCACGAUCCCUCUGACUACAAUUGCCAAAAUUGAGGACAUCACGGUUCUAUUACAAGGGAAAAUCAAACAGUCUUUGCAGCAGGAGCAGGCUGUAAGGUCUAUUCAAGUAACUGGUUACGACUCGAGAAUUCUUACGUUUGCUGUUAAAUCUAAUCACAAUGAUCAGGGAACUGUAGUUGCAUGUUUGAGAAAAUACGCCAAACCUGCUGAUUUGCGUGGUCUAUUUGCAUUUCGAAAUCUGUCCGUUCCACGUGCCGUUGAUAAUCGAGUCAGCCCUGAAUUUCGGCUUUUGAAAGAAUACCACCGUUUUUUUCAUAAAUGGUUUUCUCAUUCACCAAGCACGAGUUUCGAAAUUCAGAAAGUUUUGGAGAACAAAUGGUGGAGGGUGACUAAUAUCAAUUCUGACUAUUCUUUAUGUCAAACUUAUCCAGCUCACUUGAGAGUCCCAAAAACUAUAAGUGACGAAGAGCUGAAGGAAGCUUCUAAAAGCCGAAAAAAGAUGCGCUUCCCUGCUAUUUCUUGGUGUGACUCUGGCUCUGGAGCUGUUUUGGCACGGUCAUCUCAGCCAAUCGCGAUGAUGGAUCAUAACGAGGACGUGAAACUUGUAUAUGCCUUUUGCACCCCAAGGAUUAAACCCACAGACGAAUUCAGUGUGAACAGAAAAUUAUACAUAGUUGAUUGUCGCCCAUGGACUAGCGCUCAGGCAAAUAAGUUAACACGUGGUGGAACAGAGUCAGCUAGUACUUAUCAAGAAGCUGAGAUUGUGUUUUUAGGAAUUCUGAAUAUCCAUGAUAUUAGAGGCAGUUUUACCGGCCUCCGGGAGUAUGUCAAUGCUUACGAAUCAAUUCAUCAAGUGGACUCCCUUGAAUGGCUAAAUUAUAUUCGGAGUAUACUGGUUGGGGCUUCAUGGAUCGCUGAAAAAAUUGCACAAGAAUCAGCUUCAGUUCUAGUCCACUGCAGUGAUGGCUGGGACAGAACAACACAGUUAGUUGGACUUGCUUCUAUCCUGCUUGAUCCGUAUUAUCGAACAUUCUCUGGGUUCCAGGCCGUUGUGGAAAAAGAUUGGUUGGCUUUUGGUCACCAGUUUGCAAAGAGGAUGGGCCUUCCAACACUAGGUGAAAAAGAGCAGCCAAAUGAGAAGGAAAUUUCACCAAUACUAUUGCAGUGGUUGGAAUGUAUUGCUCAGCUGAUGCGCAUGUACCCGUCUGCAUUUGAGUUUUCAUCCAUAUUUCUGGUGGAUUUUAUGGAUGCUGUGCUAUCGUGCCGUUUUGGUAACUUCCUAUGCAAUAGUGAGGAGGAAAGGGCACGUGCUGAUGUCGUGAACUCUUGUCCUUGCAUUUGGGAGCAUUUGGCUGAUAUGUGGGCCUCCUGCGGCAUGGUCCACAAGCACAUGAAUACUUUUUACAACCCAAGCAAAUAUACUGGUGCCAUUGUCCCGCCAGCUUCAGCGCUUACUCCCAUACUUUGGCCUGAAUUUUAUUUGAGAUGGACUUGUCCACUUGAAUCACAAAGGGAGAGCGAUUAUGUGGAAGCAUUGAAGUCAAAGAAGGAUGCUGAGCCUCGAAGCACGGUAGCAGAACUGGAAGGGAGCCAUACAGACGUGGCCAAGCCAAGUGGUGGAAAUUGUAGACUUCGGGUAGUGGGCUCCAAUGUUUUGAUGUGAAGUUGGUGCACGAAAUAGAAAAGCAAAACCUGUUUUAAUUGAGGACAACUGUGAGGAUAUCCCAACAUGACAGAUGUUUCUGUGGCUGUAGGAAGGGGUUGCAGCAACUUACAGUCUUAAACUGGUGUCACUGCUUUCCUCUUUACAUGCCCAUUGAGUUGUCUUGCUACAUGUUGGGAGUUAGUUACAAAGUGAGAGGGCCUGUAAUUUUGGGUGUGCUUGUCUGGUUGCUCAUUCUUUAUCCUUGUGCUGGCAAAUCAUGUGCUUUCUGGAGGAGAGUGA